AUGCACUACACCGAUGCCACAUGCCCACGGCCCCUUCCAGCCAGCCAACAGCCAACCCCAACCGCGCGGUGCCUUCCGUGCGACCUCCACUCCACCCCUCGUCCCGCUCCUCCUCCUGCCCUGUAUUUAUUCCUUACCACUCCUCUCCCCGUCCUCCUCACUCCACCGCCACCACCUCUGAAUCCCAGCCUCCGCCUCCACACGACAAGAGAAACUCAGCAACAACCAACGCCAAGAGCAGGCAGCUCGGUCCUUCAGCACCAAGCAAUGGCGACGUCGCGGGCGGACGUGGAGAAGGGCGCGUCGUCGUCGCCGAGGAAGGCGAAGCAGGAGCCCGGGAAGGUGCCGGCGCCGCUGUACCCGCAGCACGAGGGGGAGCGGGAGUGGACGCCCUGGCUGGUGCCCUCCAUCCUCGUCGCCAACAUCACCGUCUUCACCAUCGCCAUGUACUACAACAACUGCCCCGCCCACAACGCCAGGCCCGGCCGCGACGACGGCCAGUGCGUCGCCCGCUUCCUUCACCGCUUCUCCUUCCAGCCCCUCCGCCAGAACCCGCUCCUCGGCCCCUCCUCCGCCACGCUGGUUAAGAUGGGCGCGCUGGUGUGGGACAAGGUGGUGCACGGGCACCAGGGGUGGCGCCUCUUCUCCUGCAUGUGGAUGCACGCCGGCGUCCUCCACCUCCUCGCCAACAUGCUCAGCCUCCUCUUCAUCGGCCUCCGCCUCGAGCAGCAGUUCGGAUACGUGCGGAUCGGCGCCAUCUACCUCGUCUCCGGCGUGGGCGGGAGCGUGCUGUCGUCGCUCUUCAUCCGGAGCGCCAUCUCGGUGGGGGCCUCGGGGGCGCUGUUCGGGCUGCUGGGGGCGAUGCUGGCGGAGCUGCUCUCCAACUGGACCAUCUACACCAACAAGGUGGCGGCGGUGACCACGCUGCUCUUCGUCAUCGCCGUCAACCUGGUGCUGGGCAUCCUGCCGCACGUCAACAACUUCGCGCACAUCGGCGGGUUCCUCACGGGGUUCCUCCUGGGGUUCGUGCUGCUCAUGCGCCCCCACUUCGGGUGGAUGGAGCGGUACCGCCUCCCCGCCGGCAGCCCCUGCACCGCCCGGAAGUACCUCCCCUACCAGUGGGCGCUCAUGGCCGCCGCCCUCGCCCUCGCCGUCGCAGGGUAA